AUGAACUUCCUGGACAAGGUUCUGCUUCACCCACAAGCGAGAGUUAAGAAGCUUCAACUUUCGUCCCAAGAAAGACUUGAGACUCCUACAUUUAGUAGAUGGUUUCAAGCUGUCUUGAAAGAAGGUCUCGAAGAGCUCAAUCUCAACUUUGGAAUAUUUUGCGAUGCACCAUUGAGUAGCUUAACUGCAUGCAAUACCUUGGUGACAUUGAAGUUGGAUUUUGGAGCACUUUCAGGACAUGAAUUUCCGAUAUCAUUUUGUUUCCCUAACUUGAAGACAAUGCAUCUAAAUGGUUUUCUUUUGGCCAACAACUUCCCCCAUCAGCUACUGCAAUGUCGAAAUCUUGAAUCUUUAAUCUUACGCUACUUUAUGUUUAAUCUUAUGUUGCAUGAUCCGGUGCUAGAUUGUUUUGAACAGAAAGAGGCUUUGCCCAAUCUUCUCAAUGCUCAAAUGGACUGCUCUUACGUGUUUCGCGGGAAAGAUAGCGCUCGCUCUUUUCUGAAGAAUCUGAUUAAUGUGAUGUCCACUACAAAGAAUUUGAACCUAUCAUUAUCUAUCAUGGAGUACUUAGCCCUUGAUCGAACGUUUCCGGAUGAUAUGCCAAAGUUCAAUAAUCUUAAGCACAUAAAGCUUUACCUUCAAUCUUUUCAUGUUGGAGCAAUGAGUUACAUUCUCCAAAAGGCACCUAACCUCGAAUCUCUUCACAUAGAGUUUGAUCGACCCUAUGGCAGUGUACAUGAUACAGGGAUGCUAGAACAGUUGCGUUUUUGUUGUUCAACUGCAAACUUGAAGGUAAUUCGAAUGACGAAUUUCAUUCUAGAAGAUCCUGUUCUGGAGCUUGUGCAAUUGAUCUUCGAGAGUGUUGGUUCCCUAGAGGAUAUAGUCAUUGAGCUGGUUGACCGACCUGAAAUAAAUAACUUUCUGCAAUUGCAAAAAUUGUCAAAACUUUCAAGACUAUCCAAGGAUAGUGUGCUGCAUGUGAAAUGGGAUUUUGGUUACCCGUUACGCCUUUUGUUACUUCCUUCAUCGAUGGUUGUAAAUUGA